AUGCACCCAAUUGGACACUGGAAGUCCAGGCACCCACCACCAUGGACACUGACAGCACCGACCGUUCACGCGCCUGCGGCAAGCCAUACUUCCAAGGUUGAAGGACAAGCACCUCUCGUCGCUGCUGAGCUCCACACUAAAAUUCCCGGCAUCUCGAAAAGCGUCGCCCGCGCAGACCACUCACGACCGAACAAACGAGCAGAUCCGGUCGCCUUUCGCCAACGCGACAGCUUCGCGGCCUCCCCUCAUCUCAUGACAUCAACAGCUUUUUGA